CUUGUGAGCUGAUGAACCGUGGUAUCCUGGCUCUGGUCAGCUCGAUUGGCUGCAUGUCAGCAGGUAGCCUUCAGACACUGGCUGAUGCCAUGCACAUACCCCAUCUCUAUAUCCAGCGCGCCCCAGUGGGAACACCCCGCUCGACAUGCUCACCCACCAGUCGUAUUCCUGGAGCCGACGACUACACCCUCAUGGUCCGCCCACCUGUGUUCCUCAACGAAGUCAUCAUGCAGGUGGUGUCUGAGUACAGCUGGCAGAAGUUUGUCCUGUUCUAUGAUUCUGAUUUUGACAUUCGUGGUAUUGAAGAUUUUCUGGACCGUACCUCUCAGCAAGGAAUGGAUGUGUCCCUUCAGAAGGUGGAAUCUAAUGUCAACAUGAUGAUCACCGGUCUUUUCAGAACAAUGCGUGUGGAGGAACUCCAUCGAUACAGGGAUACGCUACGGCGAGCAGUGUUGUUCAUGAGCCCAGCUACUGCCAAGGCUUUCAUCACUGAGGUGGUGGAGACCAACCUUGUUGCCUUUGAUUGCCACUGGAUCCUGAUUAAUGAGGAGAUCUCAGACUAUGACUUACAGGAGUUAGUCAUGAAGUCAAUUGGCCGGCUGACUUUAGUUCGCCAGAUGUUCCCAAUGCCCCAGAACACAACUCAACGCUGUGUCAAACACAACCACAGGAUUAACACGUCCCUCUGUGACCCUAAAAGCCCGAAGGCUCAGCAGCUUGAGAUCACCAAUCGUUACAUCUAUGAUACUGUUUUGCUGCUGGCCAACACCUUCCACAGAAAGUUGGAGGACAGAAAAUGGCACAGCAUGGCCAGCCUGAGCUGUAUCAGGAAGAACUCCAAGCCUUGGCAAGGGGGCAAGAGCAUGCUGGAGACUGUCAAAAAGUUUGGAGUGAGUGGCCUCACCAGUUUCUUGGAGUUCACUGACAAUGGCACCAAUCCCAAUAUCUUCUUUGAGAUCCUGGGAACAAAUUAUGGAGAGGACAGGGGCCGAGGAGUCAGCAGGCUCGCCACAUGGGACCCAGUUCAUGGACUGAAUGGUACUCUGACUGACAGGAAAUUGGAAAACAACAUGAGGGGAGUGGUGCUAAGAGUCGUCACAGUUCUGGAGGAGCCAUUUGUGAUGGUGUCAGAGAAUGUGCUUGGAAAACCAAAGAAGUACCAAGGCUUUUCAAUCGAUGUCCUGGAUGCCCUGUCCAACUACCUGGGCUUUAAGUAUGAGAUUUAUGUCGCUCCAGACCACAAAUACGGCAGCAUGCAGCCCGACGGCCAGUGGAAUGGGCUCAUGGGUGAGCUGGUUUUUAAGCGAGCUGAUGUUGGACUCUCUGCUCUGACCAUCACGCCUGAGCGGGAGAGUGUUGUAGACUUCACCACACGCUACAUGGAUUAUUCUGUGGGCGUUCUGCUGCGCAAGGCCGAGCGCACAGUGGACAUGUUUGCCUGCCUGGCACCCUUCGACCUGUCGCUGUGGGCGUGCAUUGCAGGCACCGUGCUCCUCAUUGGCAUCCUGGUGUACUUGCUCAACUGGCUCAACCCACCGCGGCUGCCCAUGGGACCUGUGUCUUCGACCACACUGUACAAUUCCAUGUGGUUUGUGUAUGGGUCCUUUGUGCAGCAAGGUGGAGAAGUUCCAUACACCACCCUUGCAACCAGGAUGAUGAUGGGCGUUUGGUGGAUGUUUGCUCUCAUAGUCAUCUCUUCAUACACUGCCAAUCUAGCAGCUUUCCUCACCAUCUCACGAAUAGAGAACUCCAUACAGUCUCUGCAGGAUUUAUCAAAGCAGACUGAGUUGCCUUACGGGACAGUGUUGGACUCUGCAGUAUAUGAUCAGGUGCGCUCAAAGGCUAUGAACCCCUUUGAGAGAGAUCCCAUGUACUCCCAGAUGUGGCGGAUGAUUAAUCGCACUGGAGGAGCAGAUAAUAACGUUGAGGAGUCGAGGGAAGGCAUCCGAAAGGUGAAAUAUGGCCGCUUCGGUUUUGUGUGGGAUGCAGCAGUGCUGGAGUAUGUCGCCAAUAAUGAUGAGGAUUGUUCCUUCUACACUGUGAGCAGCAAUGCACCAGACCGUGGCUAUGGCAUCGCCAUGCAGCAUGGCAGCCCCUACAGGGACAUUUUCUCCCAGAGAAUCCUGGAACUCCAGCAGAACGGCGACAUGGACAUCCUGAAAGUCAAGUGGUGGCCCAAGGACAGUCCGUGUGACCUCUACAGCUCAGACAAGACGCGGCAGAAUGGCAACGCACUCGACAUCCACAGCUUCGCCGGAGUUUUCUGCGUCCUGGCAGCUGGCGUGGUGCUCUCCUGCCUCAUUGCUAUGGUGGAAAGCUGGUGGUCGCGGCGGAAGGGAUCCAGAGUCCCUUCCAAGGAGGACGAUAAGGAGAUCGACCUGGAGCACCUACACCGCAGGGUUAACAGCCUGUGCACCGAGGACGAAAGCCCCCACAAGCAGUUCUCCACCUCUUCCGUCGAUUUAACCCCACUCGAUAUGGAUGCACUUCCCGCUGCCCGACAGGCUCUCGAGCAGAUCAGCGACUUCCGCAACACGCACAUCACCACCACCACCUUUAUCCCUGAGCAGAUCCAGACCCUGAGCCGCAGCCUGUCCGCCAAAGCCGCCGCGGGGUUUUCCUCCGGUUUUGGUGGCGGCCCCGGCCUUCAGGACCACCGAACUGGCGGGGUGGGCCCCUUUAGACAAAGGGCUCCAAAUGGUGGCUUCUUCCGCAGCCCCAUUAAAACUAUGUCCUCCAUCCCUUACCAGCCAACAGGUCCGGGACCCAACUUCGGAUACGGCAACGAUCCAGACAGGGGCACCUCCAUUUGAGGUGUUGCAGUGGAUAGAGUUGGUUUGGGAGGAGAAGUAAGAGGAGGUUUGAGUAUGUCAUGGGGCGGUUGAACAAAUAUAUCAUGGCUAGGCUAAAAAGUCAGAGGAUAUAUAUAUAUGUGUAAACAGGAAUAUUUGUUUCUGUUUUUAGUUUCUGCUCGGAUAUCCAAGGGUAUUAAUUUUAUAUGUGGGUGGAGGGGAGGGGGGGUGGGUGGAGGUCUGAAGGGAAAAUCUUCAUCCUCCCACAAACAAUGCAUCUCUGCUUUAUUGUCGUUGUUCUUGUGGUUGUUUGGGGGAUUAUUUUUGGGAGUUGCAUCAGAGAUGGCACCUGUUUUUUUUUGGUUUUUUUGUGUGUGUGUGUUUUUUUUACUGAUGUUUUAGUUUUAUGACAGGAGGACUUUCUUGUGUAUUGCUGAAAUGACCUGACACUUUUUGCUGUAUGAGUAACCUUCUGGGUGGCUUUAGUCAAAGACUAGUUUACCACCAGGAUAUUAUCCGCGUUAGCUCCUGCGUUGCCACUGGUGAAGGAUUUUAUCUCCCUUCAGCCAUGAAACAACUUCCAGGGGUUCUAACUGCUAGCAAAAAUAAAGCAUUCUCAUUAUGAUAACAAAACACAUAGGUUGUCCUUAAAUCAACACCCUACAGCUUGUGGUGGUUUGCACAGGCCCUAGGUGAACAAAGAGGAUUAAGUAUUUCCAGUUUAACUAUGCCUUUUUAUGAUUUGAGAGGUUGUAAUCAUUAUUUUCUCCACUGGCUUUGUUGUUUCAACGGCUUGGGUUUUGAAUAUUUGAGCAACUCCCGGACGCCGUCCACAGUGGGGGGUUGUCCGACCAAGACACAAGACCUCGCAGCCGAACACAAGCCGAUGCCACCGCGGUGCAUCGGUGUGAAAACUGCUGUAAUGCCAUGGCAGUGCGACUGUGUGCCGCCGCAACUCACCAGUUUGGGUGCAUCAAUCUUUAAACUUCUUCUGCCAUUUUUGGUGCAUCAGCCUGAAACUGUUUCCACCACUUUGAUGCACAUUAAACUCAUUAUCAAUCCUUCUGCACUGUACCAGUGCCCACAGACCUGUAAGUGAUUGUAUGUAGAUCCUACCUUUUAUUUUUGUUCACCUGUAUUGUGCUAUUCUGCUUUUAGAGUCAAGGUGAGACCCUCCAACCAGACUCUAAGAGAUGUAGGAGAAAUGAACAUUCAUAAAAAGCAGCUAAAAAAAGUAAAAAAAAAAAAAAAAGACAAGCUGAGAGACUUCACAAAGCUUAUGCUUAUUAAAUGUCUUUUAUUGAGUUUUGUUUUGAGAAAAAAAAAUAUUUUAAUGCGUGGAAUGUGUUUUGGUCAGGAAGUACAAAAAAGUUAACAUUGUUCUGAGCUGUCUACUUGUUUUUUUUUUUUUUUUUCUAUCUCUCUCUGAGAAAACUUUGGAAAAACUGCUGAACAAUUGCUGUAGUCCCUGAUUUUGUGUCACAGAGUCAUUCAAACUUCUGCUCUUUGAUUUCCCUCUGUUGAUUAACCUUUUAGUGCUACCGUAGCUCUGGUGUUUAGAAGAUAAAAGCUCACUCUGCAAUGUCAGGUCACAUCCAAGAAUCAUUAAUCGCGUCGCGUCCUACCGGGUUCAAGUGCUGAAAUGAAGUGGAAUCUGCGGUGGGCCAAAGCCAUUGCAACGGCGACGUCAGUACAAGCUCUAUGUGACAACCAGCUGGCGGUACUCUCCCAACAUCCUAGAAAUCCUGAACAACUGCUGUGUACCAGAAACGAUUGGAAGCAGCAAGUCAUUGUUGAGCUGGAGGCGAAGGCAAUGUCUCGAAGAAUCAGUGGUCAUCACAACCUAAUGAGUCCAAAACACACAUUGAUUUCAUAUUUUUCACUUUAAAGGUACUAUUUCUGUAACUUGUUUUUAAGUGCCAAUUAAUUAAAACAAAACCAUUAAGGUGCAUUUUUUUUUAUUUUAUUUUUUUGGUGGGGAGUGGGAGCGGAGCAUUUUUUGUGGAUUACUUUGUGGAUUAGAGGGCAGGUGGGUGAAGUGGAACCAAACCUUUUUAUUUCACUAACACUGUAUUAAUAAUUGAUAAUGUUAGUUGUUUAGAGCGAGUUUUUGGUUUCUUAUCUUUUUGAGCUAAAGCUGCAAACUGUUGUGUGUAGAGAAUUCAGUCGAGCCACAGUGUUUUGAAGCAAGCAUCGUUAGGGUUUCGUUUCUUAUAUUAGACUACAGUCAGACUAUUGAAUGGCAAAUAGGACACAUGCAUUUAAAAAGAUUUAUUUAGUAUAAAUGAGAGACAUUAUGGAAAUGUAUAUUUUACAUGUUGAUGCUAUUUUUGGUUAACAAAAAGGAAAAGACUAUCAUGUUGAGCUUUAGUGUUGAGUUGAGCAGGUAAAUUGCUGCCUUCGGUUCUCCCCGUCCUGCCCAUGGUUAACAUAAACAUACGCAUUCACACUAAUGGUUUGCUUUUUUCUUUUUUUUUUUGUUAUGUCAUUCAGAUUAUUAUUUUUUUCUGGCUAAAUAACAAAACUUGGCAAGUUCACUAAAGAUAAAGCAUGCACAAACUUGCUGUUUUAGCUAUCUGUUAACAUUUUUUAUUUCAUACAUUAGAACGACAGGAUUUACUUGAUAAUUUUCCAGAAUUUAUGAUGUACAGUAUUUAAUAUAGGCCUAUUUUGUUGUAUGUGUUGCAUAAUAUUCAAAAACCGAAACAAACUGGGGCCUCUGUUACAAGUGGCGAAGCUUUCUGUGUAUAAUUUGUCUAAUAAACAGGUUUUCUACAGUG